ACUUUGACAUUUAUAUAUGGUAUUCGCAUUUCGCAAGGCGCAAACUUUUACAAAUCAGAUAAUUUUGAGUCCAAUUUGAAUUUUAAGAAAGAAAAAAGUGAACAGAUCUGGAAUCUGAAAUUUAUAGUUUUCUACUCAUUCUAUUUAUUUUUCGAUUAAAUACCUAAAGGGUCUUUCGAAAUGUGGAACGAUCAAUCAGUCGCCGGUGGCGGUUUCUUAAACUCUACAAGUCAGUUUGGAAAUGCUGCGACGCCAAACAAGGGACAAAAAUCUGGUCGCAGAGCGUCAAGAACAGCACCAAUAGUGAUAAAACAAGCAAUACAUUGUGGUGAUGAUGGCAUCAACAUCUGGGGCACACCUAUACAAAUAGUUUCCAUAGUAGCGAGGGUUAGGAAUAUAAAAGUUCAGAGCACAAAGAUAACAUACACUAUACAAGAUAUGACUGGCAGGAUGAAAGCUGUACUUUGGAUUGAUCAAGAAGCUAUGGAGGAAGAUGAUAAAUGUUCACCGCAAGUACAAGUUAAUGAUUACAUUCAAAUAUAUGGAAAUGUUAGAGCCAACAAGGGAAAGAAUGUAUUAAUGGCUUUCAAAAUAAUGCCCAUCACAGAUGUUAACGCUAUUCUUUUUCAUUAUCUGCAAUGUAUAAAUAACAGAUAUAAAAUGGAAGCUGAUAGCAAAAAGGUAAAAGAUAUGGAUACAACAAGCAAUUUCACAAAUAAUGUACCAGCAAACUCUCUGGCUGGUAUGGACACUGGAUCAGUAAAUGGUUUGAAUCAACGGCAAAUGAUGGUGUAUAACCUUAUUAGGGCUUCAACUCUUGAACAGGGUAUAAGCAAGGAGGAUAUAUAUGCAACCCUUAAGGAUAAGAUGCCCAGUGUUGAGUUUGAGAAUAUUCUGGAACUGAUGUGUAACGAAGGUCAUAUUUAUUCCACAAUUGAUGAAGAACAUUUCCGUGCUACAGAUGCCUUUUAAUUCUAGUUCAGUAAAAUAAAACAGUUAUUUUUUC